AUGUCCCGAGGACUGCGCCAGCAUAAAGAUCCCAGACGCCUCGCGACGCCGUCCACUCCCCUCGUUAUGCUCGUUAUCGACGGCAAAGAGCGCCACGUUGGCCAGGUCGUGCUACCCCCUGUCGGCAUACCGCGAUCCGGCCAGCCCGCGCUUGUCGCCUCUCGCCUCCACGAGUCUGAGCUAGAGCCUACCAAGAGGAAUUCUCAUCCUCGCGGUGCAAUCACCUACUGGAUUUGGACCGAAGAGUAUUGGCCCGAGGGUACCCAGCUCGGUGGACUGGCAGGCAGCGCCAGUGCUGGCAAAUCAAUCCUCAGCAAGUCGAGCAUUUUCGGCUCCAUUUCGCGACUUGCUAAAGCUAAGUAA